UUUUCAGAGAGGUACAAGUGACAACACAAUACCAAGCAGCAAGCUCAAGAUCCCUUUACUUCCCAUUUUUCUGCUGAAGAUUAUAUAGUUAAUAAUUAUCCUUUAUGCAAAUACAGCAAAGCCUUACUGAAGACUUUCAUUCAUACCAGUGUGCAAAAACUGUAGGCACAGAGCAGAACAUUCCUGUCAAAAAGCUGUCCAGGAACAGAUGCAUGAAGUAAACACUGGCACAAUGGAAAGACCACUGGAGGCAACUGUGCUGGAAAGCAGCACCUCUUCCUGCUUUCUUUUGGAAAGAAAGACUCCUGUCAAGAUCACCAGGAAACAGAUCAUGUUAGCCAAGCUAAGGAAGAGCUGUUCCUGCACCCCAAGGAAACUGAAGAACCUUGUCAUGGGCUUCUUUCCUGUUUUACAAUGGCUUCCCAAGUACCAGUGCAAAGAGUAUAUCUGGGGGGACAUCAUGUCUGGGCUAGUGAUUGGGAUCAUUUUGGUGCCCCAAGCAAUCGCAUACUCAUUGCUGGCAGGUCUAAAGCCCAUUUACAGUCUUUACACAUCAUUCUUUGCCAACAUCAUUUAUUUCUUAAUGGGCACAUCCCGCCAUGUCUCAGUUGGCAUUUUCAGCUUGAUAAGCUUAAUGGUAGGGCAAGUUGUGGACCGAGAGCUUCUCUUGGCUGGGUUUGACUUGAAUGAUGAUGCCCCACCAGCCUUGGGUGAUGGGUCCCUCUGGAAUGACAGCCAACCCAACACAACCGCCUUCAAUCUCACCAUUGGAGGAACAAGUGUUGAGUGUGGGAAAGAAUGCUACGCUAUUGGCAUUGCUACAGCCUUGACAUUUGUAGCUGGAGUAUAUCAGGUUCUAAUGGGAAUCUUUCGUCUGGGUUUUGUAUCUAUGUACCUGUCUGAGUCUAUGCUAGAUGGCUUUGCAACUGGUGCUUCCUUAACCAUUUUAACAGCUCAAGUGAAGUAUCUGAUUGGAAUAAAAAUCCCACGUAGCCAAGGGCAUGGAAUGCUUGUAAUUACUUGGAUUAAUAUUCUCCAGAACAUUUCUCAGGCUAACCUGUGUGAUGUCAUCACAAGUGCCAUCUGUAUUGUGGUGCUGGUCGCUGCUAAGGAACUGGGAGAUCGGUAUAAGCAUAAGCUGAAAUUUCCCCUUCCCACAGAGCUGGUAGUUAUUGUUGUGGCAACGCUGGUGUCACAUUAUGGGAACCUGAAUGAAGUGUAUGCAUCCAGUGUUUCUGGAGCUAUUCCAACAGGAUUUAUUCCCCCCAAGAUACCGUGCUUUGACUUAAUGCUCCGAGUUGCUGUAGAUGCUUUGCCACUUGCCAUAGUAAGCUUCGCCUUCACUGUAUCACUUUCUGAAAUGUGUGCGAAGAAAUACGCUUACACCAUCCGAGCCAAUCAGGAAAUGUUUGCUGUGGGGUUCUGCAACAUCAUUCCUUCUUUUUUCCACUCUUUUGCAACCAGCGCGGCUCUGGCAAAAACACUUGUCAAAACAUCUACAGGCUGUCAGACUCAAGUCUCUGGAGUGAUUAGUGCAAUGGUGGUUUUGCUGGUGCUGCUCUUCUUGGCACCUCUCUUCUACUCCUUGCAGAAGUGUGUUCUGGCUUGUGUCAUUAUUGUCAGCCUCCGAGGAGCCCUGAGGAAGUUCAGAGAUGUGCCAGUGCGGUACCAUGUAAACAAGGUGGACACACUGGUUUGGAUCAUUACUAUGUCUGCAUCUGCCUUGAUUAGCACAGAAAUAGGGCUUUUGGUUGGUAUUGUUUUCUCCAUGUUGUGUAUCAUUGUUCGGACACAGAGGCCACGGACAGCCCUGCUUGGUCAGAUCCAGAACAGCAGCUUUUAUGAGGAUGACUUGGAAUACAAAAAUCUCUCUUCUGUUCCAAAGGUCAAAAUAUUCCGUUUUGAAGCACCACUUUAUUAUGCAAAUAGAAAGUAUUUCCUCAAGUCUCUGUACAGAUUGACUGACUUAGAUCCUAACCUAGAAGCUGCUAAAAGGAAGAAAUAUGAGAAGAAGGAACAGCAGCAACUGCAAAAGGGAGAUCACACAACUGCUAAUGGACUGGGCAUGGGAGAAACCACCAUGGAACUAGUACCUAAGCAAAUUGAUUUCCAAGCCAUUGUUGUAGAUUGUUCUUCCAUCUCAUUUUUGGACACCACUGGAGUUAAUACUCUGAAGGAAAUCCUGAAAGACUACAAGGAGCUAAACAUUUCUGUCCUCCUGGCUUGCUGCAAUCCCUCAGUAAUAGACUCUUUGAAAAGAGGAGGUUACUUUGGGAAGGAUUUUGGAAGUAUGCAGGAACUGCUGUUCUACAGCGUACACAAUGCUGUGCAGUUUGCAAGAGACCUAAACCUUCCAGCAGACUGCUCUGGUGUUUAGUCCUGUGUUUUUCCUGCUAGUACGCUACACAAGUGACAGAUGAGAAGGGGCAGUUUGAAAUAAUUAAAAUUAUGAGACACACCAUUGGCUGGGUACAGCAAGGGGCCUACAAGCUAUUCUUCCCUGAAGAGCUUUGCAGUUUGCCAGGGGCCACACAGAACAGCCACUGGGGGUGAGGUCCAGUACCAGCCUGGAACAGGUUGGAUUACUAUCUGCAUUUCCACCUUAAAAGGCAAGUGAUAUGCUAUAGGGCAGUUUGGGAUAGACUUCCUCCUUGGGCCACAGUCAUGUGUGACCAAAUAUAUACAUCAUGAGACUGUUGUGCUGGGAAGUCUGCUGAAUACCAGCUGCUUCCCCCAGGGGUUUAUUAGCUGGUUUGUGUUAAGAGGCACAAGCCAUCUUCAAGGAAAUGCAGUGCGUUUAGCAUCUUGGCCUCAUAAUGCUUUAAGCUCUGGCUUGCAAGGCCCUUACCCUUCCCUUGUCCCAGGUAUGCUCCUGAAAACAACUCCCACUAAUUGCACACAACUGUGUAUAAAAUAUUGAGGGAUGUAACAUGUCUUUCCUCUUCACCUUGAUUGUAAAGGCUUAAUGACACAAUCCACCACUGGAAAAGAAAUUACGAUCUACCACAUGUUCCUCUCAAGAGCAGCAUGUCCAAAAAACACCCCUGAAGUCACCUGUGUUGUUACAGCAGCUAGCUGCUGAAGGUUUUGAUACCCUUAGUAACGCAGGAAGAAACAUGACCCUAACACACAAUUUUUUCAUGACUAGCGGGGCAGCAUAAAGUAUUAAGAAAGGCUUUGACUGGCAGUCCCACUGUUACUCUGAUUGCUAUACCAUCCUGCCAAAAUGAGUUGCCCUUGUUGGGGAGAUGCAAAUCUAAUUCAGAGACACAUCAGCCAUAGACCCUAGAAUUGUGAUGAAGCACAGCAUGUUUGUGCCUGGGCGUUGGGCUACCAGAAGAAAACUGGAGAAGAGAGAGCAGGGUGGGAAGGCAGACCUGUGACCUGACUGGAAGAGAAGUGACAAAUCAGGACUGCCAGGCUGGUCUUCUCUGGUGUAAUGCUAAUGAAGUUCUAUAGUGGCAUAUCUGAGCCAAUGAAGGGGGCAAUGCUUUGUAAGCUAUGUAUUCCCAAGUGCUGGAAGACUGCUACUAUUCCUUAUACUACAGGCUUCUCCCUGCCCUGCCCCCUCACAUGUUAUUCUUUGAUUUGAUGUCCACUAACCUGUGUUUUCCAGGGCUGGAUUACUUUUCAUACUAAUUUCUUUUAAUAGGUGUUCAUUUUGUAUUGUGUCAAAUGAUAGCACCAAAGCCCAAUGUGUCGUUAUACAUUCUCUUUACAAAUAAACAUGGGCCUAAAUUUUGAUUGUAACACAUUUGGUACUCUGUAUUCUGGCACUUGGCUUUAGCAGAAUAAUCCUUUUCAUACUCAAUAACUACCUGCAUCAAAGAUAGGCUUAUGAUUACCUGUGUCAAAGCCAGGAUAGCUGCUACCCUUCCCUCCUUCUUUAUGGCUGGUUCACAAACAGUAAGGGGAUGUAGAAGGAAGGCCUCUCGCAGCUGUGCCUUUUAUGCUUAGCAGACUCUAGAACCGAGUUCCAUGUAUGCUGAAGCCAUUUCUCUGCUGUGCUGUUUGAAUAAAACUUUGGGCCAAAAAAUCACGAGAGUUGCUUAUUUCAACUUCUCAGGUCACUCAGUGAGAAGAACACUCUAACUGAGGUUCUCAAGGUGCUCCAAAGCUUGUCUGGCUCUCAGGAACAAAUAUUUCACUAAAAGAAGAAUGGUGCAUUCCCAUAAUACCAAAAAAAGAAAAAAAGAAAGCUCUUGAUGGGGAUGAAGAGUAGCGCAGUUUUAGGCGAGUGAUUCGAUCCUGAGGUUCUCAUGCACUCAUUACUCAAAAGCAUGUCAGCUUCACACUGUUAGUACUGUCAGAACAGUAAAACCUGACAGAAACACCUGUCAAGAGAUUACAGGAUUGACUAGUGGCAGUGUUCUCCUGCCAUAAAACAAUUUAAUUACAUUAUUCCUUAAAGUGCUGCCUUAUUAUGAUUAACUUAUUUCUGUCAUACAAGCAAAUGUGCAGAGCCCAAGGACACAGUGUUGCAUUUUGUCUGUUUGUCUUUGUUUGUAACCUUUCUUAGAUCAGGGAAUCUCUCUGUUACCUCCUGCCAGGGCCUAGCAGGAGGAAGUGGUUUACAGGAGUUAUUGCCAGAUAAGUUAUCAGUACAGUCAGUCUUAAGCUGUUAUGGCAAAGCAACUUAUUGCCUACAAUAACUAAAAUAGUUUCAAUAGACAAGAACACACCUUCUGACAAUCUAGACUUCCUUUAUCUUUAUGGGCCAAGGUACUAAUCUAGGUCAUAAAGGAAAAGUGCAAAAAAAUACCCAUAACUACAAGAUGAAUCUCAUUUUAGAAGAGGAAAAGAAGUCCCAAUGGAAAGUGUAUCCUUGCCUAAAAAAAGGGAGGUUAGAGCUCCAACAUCGGCCAACAGUCUCUGGAGAAAAAGAAAAAAGAAAAGCUUUCCUUGCAGCUUUCUCCUUCUCUGAUCCAUCAUGCUGAGAAAUUAAGAGUCAGAAGACUCUUUUUCAUCCUAUUUAUUGCAAGAAUGGCACCAAAGGAGAGCUAAACAAAGGAAUGCUGGUAUACAUAACAUGGGGAAUGAGCUUUAAAACUUCUGGUGGAAGACCAGAUGAGACCGUACGAACCAUUUUCUAUUUCAGUUUCAUUGACAGAGAUGACUCACAGCAAGUUGUGUUGGACAGUGUCAAACAUAGCAGGGAAAUGGCUUUCAGUGUUAUGAUGGAGGGAUGCUGGGGAGCCGUAAAUGAUUUCUACGGAGUCGGGAAAAGGUAAUUAAGCAAUCUUUUACUGGCAGGUUUAUACUUGCUAUACUACAUUAUAGCAAGAUUCAGUAUGCAGACUGAAAAUGUUGAAAACUGCUGAUUCUUUUCUCUCCUGUUGUACCAGCAGGAAUUAGGUAUCGUGACUUGGAGAGAAGCUGCGGAUGGAUUGUAAUUCCGACUGAGUUAAUACUAAUGUUGGAAUAAAAUUGUUAAAUUAUCUGUUAGGAAGUGUUAUCUCCAUCAUGUAGAUGGUCUUGUUCACAAUAGUGCCUCACAUAGAUCACAUAUUCAACAACCUUUAGUACUGCUACAUAAGAAUAGGGGAGGGCUCUUAACCCGGGGGAAGUGUGGGUCCCAUGGAACUGAGCAAAGAGCUGCUGUAUUUACUUCAAGCUCUCCCCUUGGCUAAUGCAGGAUGGCCAGAGUGUGUUGUGCAGAGCUGUCAAAAUAGCUAUACUUGUUGGUACUGGUAGGUAACAACUUGGGAACUGUCCAAUCCAGGAAAGACACCUUGGAUUCCCCCAUAAUUGUGAAUGUUCUUGUGUCAUAUGAGCUGGACACAAAUGUGAGCUUUUGGUUGAAAAAUAAAAUUAGCAGUUCUUUGAAAAA